UCGUAGCCCGACUUCGCUGCUCCCCCGUCCCGCUAGUUUGGUCUUCAGCCGUCGCCGGAGCGCCGGACACCAGCUCGCCCGUCUCAGCCAUGGAAGACGACAGCGCCAUCAUGCCUGUGUAACGCGGGGAAACGCUCCAAGAUGCCUGGCCUUUUGUCCAGUCCUGUGUGUCUGACAGUCGUCUGGUUUUUAUCUUGGUCGCUGCGUCCCAGUUGUGCUCAGAUUUGGACCAAUGAAGUGUCAGACGUGCAGUUCGGGCGCCUGGGGUCAAAUGUGACACUAACAUGCGGGAAGUCAAAUAUCAGAACGCCCGCGGUGUGGCAUCUCAACCGCAGCUCAGCUUUGCCGUGGCACAAAGUGAGGUCCGAUGGGGCUUUGGUGCUGCUGCAGGUCAACCACUCGGCACAGGGGAACUACAGCUGCUCUGACAGCCAGGGGCUCCUCCUCCACUCCAUCAAUCUGCGGCUGGGCCAUCCCCCUGGGCUGCUCAGCAUUUCCUGUCAAGUGCCCAAUCAUGCACAUGUCCGCUGCUCCUGGGUAGAACCUGUCAAGACCUUCCUGCCAGCAAAGUACAAUGCCUCCUUCAGGGGGACAGGUCAGGAGUGGACGCCAUGCGUGGUGAACGUCGCCCGUAAGCACUGUGACGUCGAUCACCCGGCCUUCUGGUCGUCCAUGCACACCCUUAGAAUCACCGAGACCAACGGCCUUGGUUCUGAGACCACGUUUAUCCAGUUUCAGUUACACAAGCUAUUGAAACCAGACCCUCCGCAGUCGGUGUCGGUCAUGGGGAUUGAAGGCUAUCCUAUGAGGCUGAAUGUGUCGUGGGACUACCCCUCCUCCUGGCCACGCCUGCCUGCGUUCCCUCUAAUAUUUCAGAUCAGAUACCAGCCGCUGGGAUCUGCGUACUGGUCAGAGAUCAACUCUGAGGGGACUACAGUCAUUAUAUGCGAUGCUCUGGCCGGCCACCUCCACCAGGUGCAGGUUCGAGCCAGAGAUGAGGUGAACCCUGAAACUCAGUGGAGUGAAUGGAGUCCUGUGCUUCCAGUCUGGCCCUGGUCAGUCUCCACCACCCCCGACCCAGAGGAGGAAGACUUCUUUCCUUUCAGUACAAAGCCAGAGACUUCCACAGCAGAAUCACACAAUGUCGUACCUGAGGACGGAGGUAAUUUGGGACUGGUAAUCCUGCUGGUUCUGUUCUCUGUGGUCAUCCUCACCACAGUUUUCUCCUUCAUCUUUGCUGUGUGGGUGCGGCAGAAGCGGCGCAAUCAUGUGACCAAACAGGAACUUACCUCUAUGGUCAAGAUGAAGUCCAUGCCAAUCUAAUGUUGAUUUCACGCAUCUUCUCCUCGUCAGCCUGUUCUAAGGCCACACCCCCAGAGUCAGCCACUGCCUCCUCUAAUGCACACAACAGCAUCCGCCAGAGUCCGUCCAGGAUUAGAGACGAACCCAUUCAAGGACCUUUUGCAGAGUAGAUUAGUUGCCCUGCGUUAAAAAUCGGACUCAACGGUACAUUCUGGACAAGUCGAACUGCAGUGGUCUGAUGCAACUACAUUACCCAACAUGCACCAGCAGAGCCCACCUACACAGAGCCUGCUGCGUUUCAUCAACAGAGUGAGUCCGCUCCAGAACCAUUUAAAUCCACUCCAAACGAUGCUGCUUCACAUGGACUGAAUCCUCUGUUAUGUAGUUACAUAGUCGUGUGUUGUUUUUCAAUUUUGAACUUGUCAGCAACAAGUAAAGACAGGAAGUGCAGCUGCCAAAAUGAGAACAUAGGCUCUUUUGUGGGGAGAAGAUCAUUUUGGACAAUUUGUCUGUCUUCACUGUGAGACAGAUUGUGCGUCCGUUAACAGACCGAUUUAAUGCUGUGAAGGAAGCAUACCUUCUGCCAGUGUCUGUGUGUGUCUGUGUGCGUCCGAUGCCAAAGCAGCGAUUAUGGGCAUUAAGGCCUCCGAUGAAAGACAGGAAACAACCUGUUACUGUCUCCUGAGGGGUGGACACGGAGAAGGAGGCAGAGGUCAGGCUGGGGUAUUUAGACUGUUUCAUUUACAGUAUGACAAGUGGUUUUAUGUUGCAUGACACGCUUGUUUUGUUGUCUGUGUUUGGUCCAGGUGUUCUUUUGUUUCUGUUGUUUUUACCUCUUUCUGUUCAUCCGCUGUUCCUGAAUGUGUGUGAAGAAAGACGCACACAAAUAGAAGGAAGGAGAGAGAUUUUAAAGAUACUGGCCUUUCACAACUCACCAGCACUAGGACCUCACAUACACACUUAGUUAGACGGUAUUAAAUUGUAGACAUUAUGUGUCCUGUCUAGAAAGAACCAGUUCCAUAAAAUCUCCUGUUGUUUUACGAUCAGUUAGAAUAGAAUAGUUUCCGAUUGAUCGCUUAACAUAAAAAAAAAUCCCUCUCGCCCUCAUUAUUCAUUUCUGCAGUUAAAUUGUUUGUUUUUGGCAAAUUCAAAGAGAUUCAAUUUGGAAUGUUGGGGGAAAAACUGCAUUAAUGCAGUAGAGCUAGAUUUAACUUCAAAGAUGGGAGGAAAGUGAAGCCACUGGGUCAAAAAGUACAGAAACGGUUCAAGUAGAUGAGAACUAGAAUGAAAGAAACCGUUAGCCAACACCAAGUAGCAUCGAUGAGAAGCUUGGUCCACAGACAUACCUCCAGUAAACGACUACAUAUUGUUACAUUCUCAGAAUCAUCUGAUGUGUGUGUUGUAUUUGCUGACGUCAGCCCAUGCAAAUGUUUGAUAGUAGAACUUCUAAGCAUCUAACUUAUCAACCGUCACUGGUUUGUGGAUGGUAUGAUCGCACGUAGACCACAAUGAAUAGUAUUUGUCGGUAGAAAUACACUACAGUACAUUGAAAUGAAUGUUGAAUGUUUGGUAAGGCUCCGCGGCAGCGUUCAGGUGGAUAGAAAGAGUUUGUGUUGACUCUGAUCAGCCACAGAAAAGGCUCCGCAGCCUUGGAUGCUGGUAGUCAAGCAGCGACUCCACCAACUGGGUCCGUGGAGCUGAGCGAGUCAGGGGGGGGCGCGUGACGCAGGCUUCCAGAGAGCAGCUCAUCCUGGCCACGCUCACCUCAUGGUGCAGCACCCGCCACCUCCAGGUAUCGGCUGCUUCUGGAACCAAAAACCCUCAAACACCUCCAUUCUCUUUAGUCCUGCGCCCACAAACCUUGUUGUCGCGUCCGAGGGCCCAUCGCCCUGCACCAUCUUUUCCCUGGCUUCUUCUGUGAGUCUGCUGGUUUUGUUCGGUUGAUCCAAAGGCUGUGUAUGGUGAUGGACGGAUUGAUCUGCCGCCCGUGUGGUUUGUGUCCGAUUCACAAGGUGCAUCUACGUCAGACUCCCAGUUUGAUGACUGUAUGUUCUCUAAAGCUAGCUCACAUAUUAUGCAUGGAUCCAUUUGAAGCUUAUUUGUAUAUUGAUGUAUAUCACACUUUACUAUAUGCAUAUGUUUGUAAUAAGUGAUGUUUAUAUGUAGAGAAAAACAUUAUUUGGGAUAGUUUCACAGACAUGGAUUCGCAAAUUAAUUACACAAAAAAAUAUAAGUAAACAAAAAUGGAAGAGGAACCAGGUUCAGAAUGUCAGAGAAAAAAUGAUUUUGGUAAAUGAAUCCAUGUCUGUAGAAUCGUCCCAGCGUCAUGUAGUCUUUUCUCCCCAGUUAUAUGAAGCUGUGUUACUGUAUGAUUACUGUAUGGACAACAUGUUUACUGAACCUGCUUUUCAUUUACUUUUUUAAGUGAAUUCUUUGCAGUUGAAUUUCUACAGUAAUUUUUUUCUGCUCCUGAAAGUUUGUGGCAACAUUCACGACGAAAGUAAAACGUUGCCUUCAGUAUAUUUGAAGCUUUUACUUUGAAAAAAACUCUGUUUGGCUUUUUAUAGACUUAUUGGCCUUUAAUUAUUUCAACAAGGGCAGAUUAUAUUGUAAAUCUGUGCACCACAAAGUUCAAAAGUCAGCUUUUUUAGAAUUUUGCCCAAUUUUGCCAAAAUUUUAAGGGCUUUUGAUCUGAAAUCUAUUGCGCCCUUGUCCAUAACCUAGAGCCGAUCAUGUGAGAUGGGGAUAAGUUAAAUCUGCAUGUUUCCAGCCUGUGUAAAAUGUCUACCUACAGAAAAAGUAAUGAUCAGGAUUGGAGGUGAACUUUCACUGCCAAUAAUUUUCUUUUGUUGAAUCCAGGUACAAAAUGUUUUGAAGUGACCUAAAUUUUAAAAAAGAGCUUAUUCAUAAUUUUAUACACAAAUAUAGAUGUUUAGAAGUUAAAACUUGUUAUACAGUAGCUCAACUAGAGUAAUCAUGGCUUCACAUCUUAUAGAAUAUAUUUUUCCAAUAUAGACAACAAACUAAAUAUAGAUUUUGUUUUUAUAAAACAUGAUGUAAAUCAGAAUUAAAAAAAAAUAUUUUUAUUGGACUUUUAUUUUUUCAAAUUUUAUAAAUUAGAUUUUAAUACGCAUUGUUUUGCCCAGUCCGUGUUUGGUUUUCAUGUGUUCAUGCCACCUUUCUCUUUCUCGUCCCAUUUUUGUGGUAUUCUCUGUGAUGGCAGGUGGAGCCUCUUGGUUUUAGUUGUUAUGACUCACAUUACACUCAGGCCUCCACUCUCAGAUGUACAUAGUUCCUUUUUUUGCUUUAAAUGUACAACAGAUAUCAGAUAUCACCAUAAGCUGUUUUUGUGCCCUGUCUUUGUAUGUUUCUGUGAAAUAAAUACUAUUUUAUCACAUUUCA